AUGAAGUUCUUCUCUUCAUCAUCUUCUACUACUUGGACAAUCUUAGUCACAUUGGGAUGCCUUAUGCUUCGUGCGUCUUUGUCUGAUGCUCAACUUACUCCUACCUUUUACGACACGUCAUGUCCUAGCGUUACCAGGAUCGUAAGAGAUACCAUUGUCAACGAGCUAAGAUCGGACCCUCGUAUCGCCGGGAGCAUCCUUCGUCUUCACUUCCACGACUGCUUUGUUAACGGUUGUGAUGCAUCGAUCUUGUUGGACAACACAACAGCAUUCCAAACAGAGAAAGAUGCGCUUGGAAACGCAAAUUCGGCUAGGGGUUUCCCCGUGAUUGAUAGAAUGAAAGCCGCAAUAGAGAGGGCUUGCCCGAGAACCGUUUCAUGCGCAGACAUGCUCACCAUUGCAGCUCAACAAUCUGUCACUUUGGCAGGAGGUCCUUCUUGGAGAGUUCCAUUGGGGAGAAGAGACAGCUUACAAGCAUUUUUGCAACUCGCUAAUGCAAAUCUUCCAGCUCCAUUCUUCACACUUCCACAACUUAAGGCCAACUUUAAAAAUGUUGGCCUCGAUCGUCCUUCUGAUCUUGUUGCUCUCUCCGGGGGUCAUACAUUUGGUAAAAAUCAAUGUCGAUUUAUUAUGGACAGAUUAUACAACUUCAGCGCGACCGGGUUACCUGACCCUACCCUUAACACUACUUACCUACAAACUCUUCGUGGACAAUGUCCGCGUAAUGGCAAUCAAAGCGUCUUGGUGGAUUUCGAUCUGCGUACGCCUUUGGUUUUCGACAACAAAUACUACGUGAAUCUGAAAGAGCAAAAAGGGCUUCUCCAGAGUGACCAAGAGUUGUUCUCUAGCCCCAAUGCCACAGACACAAUCCCCUUGGUGAGAUCUUUUGCUGAUGGAACACAAAAGUUCUUUGAUGCGUUCGUGGUGGCAAUGAACAGGAUGGGAAACAUUACACCUCUUACUGGAACUCAAGGACAAAUCAGGUUGAAUUGUAGGGUGGUUAACUCCAACUCUCUACUCCAUGAUGUGGUGGAGAUCGUUGACUUUGUUAGCUCUAUGUGAGAAUAGUUGACUCCAUAUCUGGCUACCAGACUAUGUUAAGAUUAAUAAGCGCUCUCAAGUUGUUACUUGAGCAGGAGAAGAUCUUUAUCGGUAUGUAAAGUAUCUACGUAAUUCUGUCUUUUUAUUCCUAAUGUUUGAUAUUGGCCUUUGAAAAUGUUACGUGAAUCGUUCUAUAAGUUUUUUAUAGUUUUGAACUCGUUUCUAUACUAAUAAAGAUGACAUAAUAAAGAUAUAUAUGUUAGUUGAGAAUUUUUUUUUACA